UUUUUACAAAUCCAUCUCUUCCAGACAUAAUUCAAGAUGGACCGGUCGUUGAUGAGGGACAGAGAUGCCUUCCUGAAGCGGGCUAUGGCCACGCCCUCAGUGGAAGUCAAGAAGCGCAGAAAUGAUGUCCCCAUCCCAGAGCCGCCCAAAAAGAAGGUGACCAAAACGGCGCCCUCCAACGAUGCUGGCUCAUACAAAUCUAUGUCAGGUGGGAGCCAGUACAAGUUUGGCGUCUUGACGAGGAUCGUGCGCCACAUGAAAACGCGUCACCAAGAUGGGGAGACGCACCCGCUAAGCCUUGACGAGAUUCUUGAUGAGACGAACCAGUUAAAUGCUGGGCCUAAAGUCAAACAGUGGCUCAUCACGGAAGCCCUGCCCAACAACCCCAAGAUCCAAGAGAUCGACGGCAAGUAUCUCUUCAAGCCGCCGCUGCCAGUGAGGGACCGGAAGAGCAUGCUGAAGCUGCUGCGGCAACAUGACAUGAAGGGCCAUGGGGGGGUGUUGCUAGAUGAUAUUCAGGAGUCCCUGCCACACUGCGACAAGACCAUGAAGAUGCUGGACUCUGAGAUCCUGCGAAUCACACGCCAAACAGACAAGAAACAGAUCAUCUUCUACCACGACAAGGGCAUUAACUUCCCUGUGGAGAAGGAGUUCCAGCAACUAUGGAGGAACACGUCAGUUGAUGGCUUGCAGGAUGACAACAUUGAGGAGUAUCUUAACAAACAGGGCAUCAAGUCCAUGCAGGAUACAGGGCCAAAGGUCAAGCCCAUCCGGAGAAAGGUCAAAAAGAGCAGACAGAGAGCCACCAAGAUCUCAGACAACGAGCACAUGCAGGGGGUCCUUCAGAUAUACGACGAUGUGUAACAAACUCGUGGGUUUUAGGGCAUUCUGGAAAGGCCAAGGUCGUUUUAUGGGAAUACUCUUUUUUGAGAGGAUGUCUUUGUUUAUAGUUAUAUUGUUCAGAUUUAUUAUUAUUGUGAUUAUGUUUAUUAUUAUUAUUAAUGUUAUUUUGAAAAUACAGGUUUCAAAUAUAAUUUCUUGUAUGUAUUUAGUUUUUUCUUUCUCUCUUUAUGUAUAUAUAGAGCGAAUAUCAUUGUCUUAUCUACUGUUAUUGUAAUUUUAAUUACUUUCAUAUCCAUUAUAUAUUUUUUUAUUAUGAUCACUAAUAUUACUCUAACUUGGUAUUUACUUUUUGGACCAAACUAUGACAUAUUUUCAUAAGUUCAAGCAUUUUGUUGGAAAGAUCACAAAGGAUUAUAAAGGUGAAUGGUCUCAGUGAUUUUUAUACAUUUAAUACUUGUUUUAAUCCAUUUUUUUUUCUUCCACUUCACAUAAGAUGAAAGUGUAGCAUGUGGAACUUGAACUGUUUUUUGGAGUUAGACAUUUUAUAUUGCUACAGAGCUAAUAUACUCCGUGAGUUGAUGCGCUUGUUUGCUGGAUGAAAGGAAAAUUUUGAAUUGUUUAUUAUUUUCUUUAUACAUGUUUUUACUUAAUGUUUUUUGUUUGUUUUUUCUUUUUUUUUGAGGGAGGGGCAAAUUGUUAUAUUAACAUUGCCUUAAUAUGUUAGCCAAGCAGGCUUAUUAUGUUUAAUGAAAGAACAUGCAUUUUAUGACAUGUAUUUCAAAUAAAGGACAAAUUUAA